AUCAUUAUCACCCCUUUCUGUUGACCAGAAACAUACAUAUACAUCAAGCGCAGAAUCCAUUGUUCAAUUCUUCAUUAUCGGUAACGAGAGUCCCAUAAUCCUGGUUUGGAUUGAACAUUUGUGAAACAACAAAAGAAUCUUGCAAUCCCGUGACCAUUGAAAUCAUGACAACGGAAGGAUUGAAUAUGGCGCUUCAGGCUGCCUCACAUGUCCCUGCUCUGGCUUCUACCAUCACGGUGAUGGAUACCAGUGGGAAGGUGGUUAAUACGUCCAAGAAUAUCUUCUCAGCGUUCAAGGAAGCUCGCACCGCCUACCGCACCCGCAAAGCUGAAAUAGCCGAGGAGCGUGCCCGCCAGAGUGCCCGCCGCGACGAAGCCCGACUGCGCGCCGCCCGAAAGCAUAGCGCAUCAGCGGCUCGCCGACUAGAACGAUCCAAUACCGGCGUACUAAUGAUCGAAGACGACGAGGAGCGACGCCGGCGAAAGAAGGAGAAGAAGGAGAAAAAGCAGAGAUCUUCCUCCUCGUCAUCCUCGGGCACCGGCUCGGACAUUAGCUUCGAAGACAACUCCGGGAGCACUGUUCUCACCACCACAAACAAUAAUCAUAGCGUGACGAGGUCGAACAGCAGCGAGACUAUGCGGACCGAAGCGACCUUGUUUACCCCUGGGGGUCUACGCGGAAAUAUGUCGGUCAUUUCAUUGAUCCCCGAAAUGGUUCUCUCCCAACCGGAUCCCAUGACGGAGAAUCUUCAACUCCUCCUCCUGCAGCUACAGGCUACGAUCGAUGAGCUAUCGUGUUGGUCAGCGGGUAUUGCGGCGCUCAUUUCCGAGCUGCAGAAGGUUCCGGAUACCCUCGCAGUUGUCGGUUUCACCCUCGCCGAAAUAUCCGCUCUUGUAGCGAAAGUCAGUCCCGCAGCAAUCAUGGGCUUGAAGACCCUGUUCCCUAUGAUCUUUGCAUUACUGGGGAGUCCACAGUUUGUCGUCCUUGCGGGCGUCGGCGCAGCGGCUACAGUGAUUGUAUUGGGUGGAUACAAGAUUAUCAAGAACGUCGUCGGCGGAGGAGCAGCGAAAGCAUCACUAUCGGGCGGCGACGAGGAUGAAUACCCGGAGGGUGAUUGGGACGAGCCCGUCGAAGAGAUUGUCCGCGAACCCCCCCGAGAACAGCGGAUGAUUGAAGCUGCUCCCACGCCACCAGCCCAACCCGAACUAAGACGUGCACAGUCCGAGGCCCCCACUCAACGCCGACAGCUCAUGCCUGCUCGCGUUCACACUUCCCCGGUCCCCACUGGCAAAAGCGAAGUAUUAGCUUUCGACAUCUCAAGCGCCUCGAGCGGCGGUAGCAGCGGUAGCAGCAGCAACAACAGCAGCAACAGCAACAGCACCAACAACAGCGGUGAUGAGGAGGGCGUAAAGCGACAUCAUAGGAAGCGCCGCGGCAGCAAUGACAAGUCAGAGAAGGAUAAGUCCGAAAAGUCAAGAUCGAAAUCCGGUAGCAGUUCCCACCACAGCAAGUCAAAAUCCGAUAAGGAGAAGGGCAAGUCGGAGAAGGAUAAAUCGUCUUCCAAAUCAGACAAGCACGAAUCCUCCGAGCCGUCUAGCAGACGCGGGUCAUCUUCGAAAUCCCACGACAAACAUGAAAAGUCCGAUAAAAAGGAGCGCAAGACAUCUGUCGAUGGCGGCGCCGCUACUCCCACCAAGGAGAAGAAGCCAUUCUUUUCACUGACUACGUCUCCGUUCUCGUCCCCGGCUGGGUCUACGACUUCACUGCCCACCGAGAAGCAAAAGAAGAAGGAGAGGAAGUCUUCGCUCUCGUCCGCUUCUUCCGCGAAAGAACACAAAGAGGCUAAGAAGCCGAAGGAGUUUUUGUCGGGCAUUUUCGAAGGGCGGUCAGCUUGA